GUUGAUCACUUCGAUGUUAGAUUAGAACACGCAAACAAAUAUUCUCUUUACACUCUUCUCUGUUGUGCGUGAAACCCAGUCUUAGAUAGGUAGAGCAAUGGCAGACAAGGCAAGCAGAGGCUUAGUGAUAUACGGAGAUGGACUGGCUUCUUUCAUCAAUCCUUCCCAUGCUCAUCUCCAUUCUCUCGCUUCCAAAGCUUUCUGCGGUUUCUUAACCCUCCCCAAUGCUCCUCCCUCAGAAAGUGAGGGUGAGAGGAUAGUUAGAGAGUUUGCGUCUCUGUUAGAUGCAUGUGAAGCUUAUCAGAAUGUGAGUUCUCAGAGUACCUCAAUUCCAACCAUAUCAGAGAGGUUCAUGGGAAUGAAGGCUGCUAUAAUAACUAACAAUCCUGGCUUGAAAUCUUUUGGUGGCAAACUCGGUUUGACUGUGUUUCCAUUCAAUGAUUUAAAGGGGAAUGAAUUUUCCCUUUCUGGAUCAUCUACUGAUUUUGUGACAUUUGAGUUGCUCAAGUUGCUUGGAUUUCAAGAGGGGAAGACACUAGAGACAAGUCAAUUUGAUUUAGUAUUUGUGCAUGUUGGAGCUGGUGAAAGAGUGAAUGCUGAGGGACACAAGACUAUUGCCAAUGAUGUGGAAUAUAUUGAUGCUUUAGUUGAUGGCAUCAUGCGCAUAGCACAGCCUGGCUCUGAAAUUGGUUCUCGUCUGCACUUGUCCCUUGUAAUGAGCUAUGGUUAUGUUACAGAAGGUGAUGGUAGAGAUUUAUCAAUUUUGACUUCUAAAGAUGAGAUGGAUCCUGCCCUUUCAAAGCUGUUCCCGCUUCAAAGUUACACUAUGAAAGGAGAAAAACCACGAAAUGAUGUCAGGUACCAUUGCCCAAUGUUAAUUGCUCAAUGGCAGUAUGCUGUAACCCGUGUGGAUAUGGCAGAAACAUUUUCUUUUAAAGAUUUUAAAGAGCAUGGUGGAAAUCUUGUAAUUCCAGCUGAUAGAUUCCUGCAUGAGGUAGCAUUUAAGCUUUGGAAGGCCCCCAAGUAUGGAGCAUGAAAUAAGUUUUCUUGAAGUUGGGCUAUACGAGACAAUACUCGACCAGUAACUCUUUGACAUAAGCAGGAAAGUUAACCCGAUUCUUGAAUGAAUUUUAUUCCCCUUAUCAAGCCGCAAACCAAUGCCAGUGACCUUGUUGGAGUUCUUAUCUCGAUUUUGUAAUGUGAUGCUCAUCUUUAUAAAUAAAAGGGUUUUCUUUGUUUGAA